GUCUAGGUGUGCCUUGCACUUCUUUAAUUAUUGCUUGCUAAGAUGAAAUAUUUGUACCAGCAAGUUCUCUUCAUAACUUUGUAAUGAAGUUGAUCUUCCUAAAAGUAAAUAGGGAGGGAAAAUAGAAUUUACUUUCGAUUAAACUUCUGGGAAAUUUGGAAUGUGGUUUUAAGUUGUAGGUGCCCAUGUCCAAGGUACGUCCAAUGAUCUUGCCAUACAUAACAUUUUCAUUCUUAAAUGUUGGAAUGAUUUUCUCUCUAUUUUAGAACUGAGUGUCUUUUCAUUGGCUUCUUUUGGUGUUGUUAAAUAGUGAAUUGCUACUAUUUAUCUUAGUAGGUAGUUAGAAUUUUUAGAGCCACUUUUCAAUUUUCUGUUUUAAUUAGGCAUCCUUUUUUUUUUUUUUUUUUGGUUUUCUGGUAGUAAUAGCUCUUAGAAUGAAUAUAACCAAGGUUUCAACAGGUGAACCACAGUAAAUGGCAGUGUGUCUUAAUAUGGGAGUGAUCUGGCUCUUCAUUACUUGGAAGAAGGUUUGCAAAUUUAUGAUCUGUUCUAAUGCACAACUGUUCAUUAUCUUGGGUUAGCUUUUUAUUAAUCUUGGGGCUUGACAUAUAAGCUGUUUUACAUUUUAGAUGAGUCUCAUAUACUGUAUUUGCAAGGGUAUGUGGAUGCAUAUAAGCUUCUGAAGGAGCCUGUGCUAGUCGGUGUUAUACUCAGGUGUCUUUGACAUACUAUGUUUUUUCAUUUAUGUUUAAAUGCAUACAUAUUUUGUUUUGCAAUUGCAUGUGCUAGCAUACUUCUGGCAUGGACAACUUUCCUCAAUAAGUACUAGAAGGUAUUAGAUUGUCUGCCUCUGAGUUUAAUCACACGUAAUUUAGUACUUUAUCGGUUUAUCCACUCUAUUUCUGAACAUGUUGCUGCCUCAUACUUUGUUGAUGGUUGUGAGCCAUUUUCUGGGACUGUCUGUUGGGCCAUGACCCUGGUGAAGAAGAUGAUUUUCAUUUGAUGCUUGGAGCUCCGGAAAUGCGAUGGUGCUAGUAGUUGUUUGGUUUAGUAUUGUUUUAUAAUCUUCCAAUUUGUAAAUGGUUAUUAAUUUUUGCUUUUUAUUUAAAUUUUUAUUUAGUUUAAAAAAAUUUUUGGAGUUAGGUUAGUAGUGUGCUAUGAAUUUUACUUUUAAUUGUAUUGUUUCUGCCUAAGUAACUUGUUUUAGAUGCUUGACGAUAUGUUAGGUUUAUUACAUAUCUCGAGAUAGAGAUUACUAGUAUUCUGAUUGGCUUCCAUGUUUUUAGCGUGGUUGCCUGGGAUUAAGUAAGUUGUUUUUGCCGAGUAAAAGAAUAAUUGUUUUCUCUUGGUGACGUUUUUGUGCAUAAAAUCGUUCGAAAAAAAAAAAAGAAGAAAGAAACGCUUAAAAUUUCCGAGCGGUAACUUGAACCGGCAUCCGAAAGAGUGAAAUUUAUAUAUUGAGGGGCAUUCGUCUCAUCGGUUGCAUCAGCCCAAACAUAUGCUUAAGGAGUUACAAUAAAGCCCAGGCUAGUCU